AUGGCUGCGCCCUCCAUGGAACUCGAUGCUUUGAUGUCUCAACGGAUACUUUCUGAGAGUAAGGGCUCUCUACCAGCCGCGGAGGAAUUGGAGCAGGUUCCCAGUUACGACAACAUUGUUUAUGACAAUGCCGACCAAGAGCCCGAGCUCCAUGUUCGAACUUGGGUUGCACUUGGAGCCAUAUUCCUUUUCAAUUUCGUCGGUGUUGUUGCUCUCCAGGGACCUCCCACUGUGCUCUCUUACAUUAGUGCCUCUCUCCACGGGACCAAGCAAAUAGCUUGGGUGUCGAAUUCAUUGACGGUGACUCAGGCAGUGCUUGCACCUGGCCUCAGCUCAGCUUCCGACAUCUUUCAAGCGCGGAAGAGCAUCCUUAUCGGAGCUGGCCUAAUUUCUUUGAUCGGCUCAGCCAUUGCGCCUGGCUCUUCAGACGUCUAUCGGCUUAUUGGUGCUCAAAUUCUCAUUGGUGUGGGAUUCGCGGCAACUCCUCUAGGAUACGCUGUCCCUAGUGAGAUCAUGCCACGGAGGUGGAGGCCAAUGUCCCAAGGCAUCUGUGUCGGUGUUGCCGCAGCUCUGGCGUCUGUUGUAGCACCGCUGGCAAUCGGUGCUUUCACCAAGGCGGAUCCCGUCAACGGCUGGCGCAAGUUCUAUUGGAUUCAAACUGGUCUCUGGGGAGCGGCCGUCGUAGCCAUCUCGUUGGGAUAUCGACCACCAAGGAGACACACUCGUUUCGACCAUUUCUCCUUUUGGCAAAAGCUGGGCCGGCUCGACGUUCCAGGGCUCUUUCUUCUAGCCACAGGGCUGUGUUUACUCCUCACUGGCCUAAGUCUGGGUGGAGGCCAAUACCCCUGGAAAAACAGCCGCGUCCUUGCCACACUCAUCCUUGGUGGCAUCUUUCUUAUUCUCUUCGGCCUCUUCCAGUGGAAAGGCACCACAAAUGGCUUCUUGAACCAUGAAUUGUUUCGAGGAGGGCCAGAAGGCGGUCGAACAUUCGUGCUUUGCGUAGGGUUCAUAUGUAUCGAAGGCGCCCUCCUCUUUGCGUGUAUGUUGUUCUAUCCAAUCCUGACCGGGGCACUCUUCACAACAGAUACACUCCUCUUGGUGGUGCGAGAACUGCCGUUCUUUGUCUGCAAUGUGAUUGCAUCUCCCAUCUGGGGCUUUUGGAGUGUUAAAACCAGGACUCUCAAAGCCCCCUUACUCGUUGGAUUUGUGAUUCUGACAGGCGGCAUUGUCGGGCUUGCCACAAUACAGCCUGGGCAAUCCCCAAACAUGGUGGUUUUCGCCGGACUGGUGGGUUUCGGUAUAGCAUCUCCCUUGGUUCUGGCACUCAGUGGCGUCCAGCUUGCGACACCGGGACACCUGAUUGCGACAGCAACCGCGGUGGUCAUUUGUGCCAGAGCCACUACAGCGAGUAUUUUCUCUGCCAUCUACCUGACAGUCUUCAACAAUCGGCUCAGUGCAUCGCUCCCGAGCAAUCUUGCUGAUGCCGCAGCCAAGGCGGGUCUGCCGGCGGCCAGCAUUCCAACAUUUGUCACAGCUCUGAGCGCUGGAAAUCUGUCCACCCUGUCUCAGAUCCGAGGAGUCACCCCAACGGCUAUUGACGCUGGCAUAGCCGCCAUCAAGCAGAGUUAUGCUGACUCGGUAAGGGUCGUCUUCAUCAUCGCCGCCCCCUUCGGUGCGCUGGCAUGUCUGGCUUGUCAUUUCCUCGUUCCAAUGCACGAGACGAUGAACUAUCGGGUCGAUGCGCCAGUGGAAGAGCUACACGAGAAGAGUCAUGGACUGCAAAGGCCUGACAAUAGCGGGGUGUAA